AGUUUGGUAGGUAAGUAGGUAGAGAAGGUGCAUAUAUUCUAGUUCUAGUUCUAGUUCUUGUUUUCUUCGAUACCCAGAUCUAAAUUUUUACUGGGUUUUGAGUAUAAAUCAAUAAAGUUUCUAGCUUUCUUCAUCUCACUCUCAGGAAAGAAUCGAGAUGGCAACUACUCUUACCAGAAUCGGUCUUGCUGGGCUAGCAGUAAUGGGACAGAAUCUUGCCCUGAACAUAGCAGAAAAAGGGUUUCCCAUUUCAGUUUACAACAGAAGUUCUUCGAAAGUCGAUGAAACCGUGGAGAGAGCUAAGAAAGAAGGAGACCUCCCACUAUACGGUUUCCAUGAUCCCGAAUCCUUUGUACUUUCCAUUCAAAAGCCACGAGUGAUCAUAAUGCUCGUCAAGGCAGGAGCACCUGUUGACGACACAAUCAAAACCCUGUCCGUCUACUUAGAAAAAGGAGACUGCAUAAUCGACGGAGGAAACGAAUGGUACGAAAACACCGAGAGAAGAGAGAAAGCCAUGACUGAGUUAGGAUUUCUCUAUCUCGGAAUGGGAGUUUCAGGUGGAGAAGAAGGAGCUAGAAAUGGACCUUCCAUGAUGCCUGGUGGCUCGUUUGAAGCUUAUAAAAACAUCGAAGAUAUCCUUGUGAAAGUAGCGGCUCAAGUUGACAGCGGUCCUUGCGUUACUUACAUAGGAAAAGGCGGGUCUGGAAAUUUCGUGAAGAUGGUUCAUAACGGGAUUGAAUAUGGUGAUAUGCAGCUGAUUGCGGAAGCCUACGACGUGCUGAAAUCGGUUGGAAAGCUUUCUAACGAAGAACUACAUCAAGUCUUCUCAGAAUGGAACAAAGGAGAGCUUCUAAGCUUCUUGGUUGAGAUUACUGCUGAUAUAUUCAAAAUCAAAGACGAUAAAGCAGACGGGCAUCUAGUGGAUAAAGUGCUCGACAAAACCGGGAUGAAAGGAACUGGAAAAUGGACAGUUCAGCAAGCAGCCGAGCUCUCAAUCGCUGCUCCAACUAUCGCUGCAUCUUUGGACUCGAGAUUCCUCAGCGGGUUGAAAGAGGAACGAGUUUUGGCAGCGAAAGUCUUCCAAUCGAGCGGUAUCGGGGAAAUCUUAACCGAUCAAGCGGUUGUCGACAAGCAGAAGUUGAUUGACGAUGUUCGUCAGGCUCUUUACGCUUCCAAGAUAUGCAGCUACGCACAGGGGAUGAACUUGAUCCGCGCGAAGAGCGAAGAAAAGGAUUGGGGAUUAAAAUUGGGGGAGCUUGCUAGGAUUUGGAAAGGCGGUUGUAUUAUUCGCGCUAUAUUUUUGGAUCGGAUUAAGCAGGCUUAUGACAGGAACGCUGAUCUUGCGAAUUUACUUGUUGAUCCUGAGUUUGCAGGUGAGGUUGUGGAUAGACAGGCAGCUUGGAGGAGAGUUGUUUGUCUUGCUAUUAAUGCGGGCAUAAGCACUCCUGGAAUGUCAACUAGUCUUGCUUAUUUCGACACUUAUAGAAGGGAACGAUUGCCUGCAAAUUUGGUUCAGGCUCAAAGGGAUUACUUUGGAGCUCAUACUUACGAGAGGACUGAUAUUCCCGGCUCUUUCCAUACUGAAUGGUUCAAGCUCGCUAAACAGUCGAAGAUUUGAAGCCAUCGGAAAGUGAGUGGUAAUAAUAAUGUCGAUUUCUUCUUAAUUUUUCGAAUAGAAUGAAUUGUUGUGUUGUUAUCUAUUGUUGGAUUUGGAGAUAACAUCAUUUUCCCCUUGUUUUCUAAGUUUAUUAAUCGACUGUUUGAAUAAUAAGAACAUUUUUAUUAAAUAAGGUUUAUUUUGUUA